AAUGAUAAAGAUACCACUUCGGAAAACGCCAAACUUAAAGCUAAGGUUGUGAAACUGGAACAGAAACAGUUACAAACCGACGAAGAAAAGAGCAACCGUAUUAUAUUACGAAUUAAUACUACCUCUAUCGAAACGGAAAAUUCUAACGAUACUCCUGAACAGACAAACUUACGCUGUGAUAAUACUCUUGUAACUAAUAUAUUUGACAACACUUCAAAUUCUGAUAUACAUCAAGAGCUUUCAUCCCAAUACCCCGCAUCACCUAUUCGCACAGAGAGUAAAUCAUUGGAAGAUAAGGAAGUCGAUGAAUCCCUGAAUUCAACGUAUAGGGAAAAAGUUAGUAACGAGAUAAUUCAGAGCAUUAAGGAGAAGAGGCUUCGAGAACAAGAGACAAUCAUAACUUCCCAGGAUACUGUCCCUAUUAUCACCCGUGAACAAGGUUUUAUUCAGGAAUUAUUUUCAGUAAAAAUAUUGAGGAAAAAAAAUCCUAUAACUAUACUUUCAGUAUUAAGAAGUAAAACAUUGCUAAAUUUAGUCACCUUAUACCGGAAAGCUUGUAAUGUGGAAAAGCAAAUUCAAAUGAUUAUAGAUCACUUCACCAAAAGGCCUGAUAUAGAAUACACCGAUGAUCAGGACAAUUCUUCAGAUGAUUUACCCGAAACCGAGGUGAGUAUACCUAUUGAUCAAGAUGAGUCAAAGACUCGAAGCUCUACUUUCUCGGAAUUAUCAGAAGCUUUGGUAAAUACAUCUACUGGAACCGAGGUAAGUGAAGUAAGUGAUACAAAAGCCAAUGUAAAUAAACCACAUUCUUUAAUUACUGCUUUAUCUGACGAUGAGCCAGAAAAUUUCUCUGACGACAAUGAUGAUAGGAGCUUCUGUGGGUUUUUUGACGAUGAUGACAGAGGUUAUUAUUAUGAUUUAAAUACUGGUGAAACUUAUACAAAAUCGAACCGUUCAAUUUGUGCAUAUUAA